UCUCAAAUGAAGAGAGUCGUCUUGAUUAUAGCGGCGGUUUCCCUGUCUGCCGCGCAAUGGGGAGUUAACUAUACAUUUAGGGAUGAUUAUACUACUGAAACUUCUACUACCACUACUACUACUACCAUGGUAGCUGACACAUUUACGACAGAAGCAAUUCAGCGAACUGUUCUAGAGGAGGAGCCUAGUGCGAUUACGACUAAUGCCGCAUACUGCAGGGGUGGUUCCUUCACAGAAGACGAGAUCAACUGCCAAAUUCUUUCUAUGAUAAAUCACAAACGCUUCGCACUUGCUAAUGGGAUGCAACGGAAUGGAUGGUGCGAUCGGACGAACGAUACUGUGGAGAACUGUGACAACCUACCACGAGCUAAGGAUAUGAACAAAUUGACCUGGAGCUGCGAUCUGGAAAGAAAAGCCUCAGAUGCUUUGGAUAAUAUGAACUGUACUGAAUGGGAUGCUCGCGUAGAUACUGGUCAUGGUUUCGCUUAUUUUAGCGAGAAAGGAGAAUUCAACACGUCGGACGUAAUUCGUGCAUGGGUCUCCGGAAUUGAUGUUAAAACUCUUACACCAGUCAGUCCCGAAGGAGUAACAUACUUGCUUUCGAAGAAUGGGAGAUACCUGUUGGACUAUGCUAACCUAAUGCGCUCCACGGCUACGAAAAUUGGUUGCGCUCACAGAAGCUGCAACGGCUCCGAUGAUUCGAUCACUGUUUUUUAUUGUAUCACCGACCAACCUGAUUUGAAGGAAGGAGAAAAAAUAUACGAGACUGGUAGCGGUAGCUGUGAUUGUACUAAUUUCUGUGAUCCAACCGGUUUAUGCACAGUUUCAAGACCUGCUCCAACUUGCAUUGAGGCAAUAUUCCCCAAGCCAACUAUUGAAGAUCCGGACACCAUAUGCGCUCAUGGCGAUAUGACCGAUGCACUCAGAAUACUUAUGAUGGAUAUGCACAAUAUACGAAGAGCUCAACUUGCGAGAGGGCAGCUAAACUACAGUGAAAAUAUGUUGCCAUCUGCUACUAACAUGAAUCGUCUAGUGUGGUCUUGUGCUUUGGAAAAGGAGGCUCACGAUCAUCUAGCCAAAUGUCCUACAGAAGGAUAUAUAGAACCAAGUUGUUUGAGUCCAGUCGAUAACUUUUAUCGCGCCGCCAUCACCAGCGAUUUGUCAUCUUUCAAAGAAAUGACCAUAAAGACAAUCAGGGUGUGGUGGGAUGUAUACCAAAGCUAUCCCAACCCUGGUUCAAGUGCAGUUUUUACCGAAUCACUCGUUGGCACUCCCAUAGAAUCAUACACUCGAAUGGGUUGGGCUCAAACUCGAGAGAUUGGUUGCUCUAUUGCAAAGUGUGGUGAUGACUACGUACUAUCGUGUCGUUACCGGCCAAAUGGGAACAUUGUCAACAAUUCAAUGUACAAUGUUGGCCUUGUGUGCUCCGAGUGUUACACUUUUGGAGCUGGAUCAUGCGGUUCUGGUGGACUCUGCGGAUAAUCGCGGGAGUCUCGUUUGC